CCUGGGUGGGUGCAAUUCGCCUGUCUCUUGAAAUUUUGGAUAGAGUUUUGAGCCAGCUAAAGAUGGAUGAAGAUGAUGGCGUCAGAGACAACACUGUCACACAUUCACCCACCAAUUCGCAACAAACAGUGUGUUCUUUGGGCCACCGGGGUUGAGCAGUAGUUUGGAAUGUGUGCUUGCUCGAUCAAUAAGUUUAGACCUCAAUGCUGCCAUUACAAUCAUUCAUCUGUUUCUGAUGACGACGAAAUAGACUACACAACCAAACCAGAGUUUUAUGACCCGGAUCUUGAUGAUAAGAAUGAACAGUGGAUUCAUAAAAAGAGGCAAGGACGUGUCUCUGAUGCCGUGCUUAGCUGCCCUGCUUGCUUCACCACCCUCUGCCUAGAAUGUCAGAGGCACGAAAAAUAUCUGACCCAGUACAGGGCAGUAUUUGUUGCAAACUGCAAAAUCGGGAAUGACAAGGUUUUGAAGCAAAAUACUUCAAGAUCAAGAAAAAGAAAUAGAGGGAGUGAAAGAUUUGAUAGAAAUGACACUGAUUCAAUUAACACUGAGACAUUCAAGCAAGUUUGCUGUUCUGUUUGCACGACAGAGGUUGGUGUCAUGGACCAGGAUGAGAUUUAUCAUUUCUACAAUGUUCUCCCGAGUGAAUCCUGACUGAUUUAGAUGUAUCUGCUCAGAAGUGGCCUUCUCUGAAUCCCACUACCUUACAAAAUUCCAACUCAGAACUAGUUUAUGUCAGUAUCUCCAUGCUCUACACCCAUGAAGACAUAAUUCAUACACGUCCAAUAUUUCAGCCCCGGAAGCAUAUUCUUGACGUAACCUUCGCUGGAGGAAUAAAUUAUAUUUGUGGCUAAAACCGUGGACACCGAGAUAUUGCUUUAAGAGAACAAAAUUACCAUCUUUGGAGGUACACUGUAUGACAGUAUCUGUUGUAUUUUUCUCAAUACCUUGUGAGAUUCUGUCUAUUUUUGCUACUAUUUUUGUUUUUCAUUUUGAUUGUCACGGACGAUUCCAAUGAUGCAAAAGCUUGGUAUACUGUUUCAUUAGCUCAUAA